GUUUUUUUUAUUGAUGUGAAUUUUUCAUUAUCGUAUUUGCGAAUACCCGUUAAAUAGGAAUUUAUUGCAUUUAAUGCUGACUAAUCGCCUUAAAUAUAAAAUAAAAUUAUUUGUAGAUAAAAUUUUCGAUUAAAAAUGAUGGAUGGAACUGAUGAACCAGAAACAACUGGCCCAUUAGAAAAUUUCAUAGAUCAUGAAAAGGAGAACGGUGAAAAUGUGAUAUCUGAUGUGGAUUUAAACGAAAAACAAGGUCCUUUAACAAAAUUACCAUUAGGUAGUGCCUCCGAACCGACCACUCCAACACCUCCACCAUCGCCAAUACCACCUGUUACGUUACCUGCGACUACGUCUAACCAAUCAAUUGGAUCGAUUCCUCUAGCCGAUAAUUGUUUACUAGUUGAUAUAUCAGAUGCUUUAAGUGAAAAAGAUAAAGUAAAAUUUACAGUCCAUACAAAAACUUCAUUGCCAGGAUAUACAAAACCUGACAUGUAUGUGGUCAGACAGCAUGAAGAAUUUGUUUGGUUACAUGAUAGAUUUGAAGAAAAUGAAGAUUAUGCUGGUUAUAUCAUUCCACCAUGUCCGCCUCGGCCCGAUUUUGAUGCAUCAAGGGAAAAAUUACAGAGAUUAGGUGAAGGAGAAGGAAAUAUGACGAAGGAGGAGUUUAAGAAAAUGAAACUGGAACUCGAAGCAGAAUAUUUGGCUACUUUCAAAAAAACAGUAGCGAUGCAUGAAGUAUUCUUAACAAGACUGGCAUCGCAUCCAGUGUUCCGAAAUGAUCAACAUUUAAAAGUGUUCCUCGAAUAUGAUCAAGACUUAUGUGCCAGGCCACGCAGGAAAAUGGAUAUUUUCGGUGGAUUUGUUAAAAGUUUGGGAAAAACGACAGAUGAAUUAUACCUUGGGGCGACUGUUCGAGAUGUGAAUGAUUUCUUUGAGAACGAACUACAAUUCUUAACUGAAUAUCAUCAACAUCUGAAAGAGGGCGCGGUACGAACUGAAAGAAUGACAAAUAAGCACAAAGAUGUUGCUGACGACCAUCAAAAAGUUGCAAACGUAUUAAUGAUUUUAUCAACUUUAGAGCAAGGACCAAUGGAAACAUUUGUAGCAAGAACAGCAGAUGUUUUUGAAAAAUUAAAGAACAUGGAAGCUAGAGUUUCAAGCGAUCAAGAUUUAAAAUUAGGAGAUACAUUGAGGUAUUAUCAAAGAGAUAGUCAUGCAGCAAAAGCUUUAUUAGUUCGGCGUUUACGUUGUUUAGCUAGUUAUGAAGCGGCUAAUCGUAAUUUAGAAAAAGCGCGGUCAAAAAAUAAGGAUGUUCAUGCGCCCUUGGAAGUUCAAGAGGCGGAAAAUGCACAAGCACAGGCUUGUGAGAAAUUUGAAAAAAUGUCAGCAUGUGGAAAAGAAGAACUUGUUGGUUUCCGGAACCGUCGUGUACAAGCUUUCAAAAAGGGUUUAACAGAACUAGCUGAACUGGAAAUAAAACAUGCUAAAGCGCAAUAUGAAUUUCUUCGCCAAUCAUUACUUACCUUAGAAAAUUUAUCACUAGAAAAUAAUAAAAAUUGAAUAAUUUUUAACUUAUUUAAAAAUUAUAAAAACUACUUUUUAUACAUCAUUAACAUCAAUGUCUAAAAACAUUUUUAAAAUAUACACUUAGCAAAUAAACAUGCUUAUGUUUGCUGUUAUCAAAUUUGUUUUAAAAUAAAUCUAAUAUCUAUAAACUUAUGAAAAACAAAAACACAUGAAUUAAUAAUUGGAAUAAAUUAAAUAAUCUCACAUUUUGAAUAAAUAAAAUUAAAAUAAUAGAAAUUUGUAUAUCAAAAAAAGUGGAUCAUUUUAGUAAUCAGUUAAUUAUUUUGUAAUAAAUUCGGGAGAAAAUAAGUUAAAAGUUUCCAAUUUUUAUUGUAAUAUUUUAACAUUCAUUGUUAAUGUAUUUUUUUCUACACCUUAGGACAUAAUCUCUCUUUAUAUAAGUACUGGUAAAAUGUAAAAUAAUACUUAAUAUUUUUUCACAAAAUGUUUACAUCAGAACAAAAAAUGUAAAUGGCAUUAUAUGCUUACAUCUUAUAUUGUUUUAGAAUAUUUAAUCACAUAAAAUUGGUUUUCACUUAUAUAAAUACUUUUAAGGAAAGUAUAAAAAAGUUAAAUUCUAGUAAAUACAAGAAAUUUAAAAAAAGAUACAUAAUAUUUAAUUUACAUUGUUCUUGCAAUUGAAAAAAGAUUUUGUGAGGCUUUUUUGAAUUGUAAUUUCUGUUAAAAAAAAUAAAACUGUGCCAAAAACAUUGUUUUUAUAGUUAUAUGCUUAAGUAUUCUGAAAUUUUUUUAUUUUUAAAGUAAUUUCUAUUGCACCUCAAUUCAAAUUCGUUGAAAUCGUAACCUAAUAAUUCCAAUGUUAUAUUGUUAAUAUCUUACUCAUAAAUGCGGAAGUGCACAAAAUAAUUGAAUUUUUAAAAUUGUGAUAAAUUUUGCAUAAAACCUAAAAAUUUUUUUAAAAUUUAAAUUAGAGAACAUUUCAUUUUUUUUUUUAUAUUUUUUUAAUUUCUUGUAAUUAUUUGAAUGAAAUAUGUAGGUACUAGCCAAAAAAUAAAAAAUUAUUGAGUGAAUUUGUUUUUAACAACAAGAAAAACAGUUUACCAUUAAAACUAUAUCUGUUAGUAAUGUUUAUAAAUUUAUAAUUUUAAUAUGUAUUAUGAGAAAUAAAUAUUGUACAUUUGUCGUAUUUUUUGUACCUCAAUACAUAUAUAUAUAUAUAAAAGAAAUAAGUAAAUUUUAUAAAAAAGGCGAUAAUUAAAAUAUAAAAAUACAAUAAUCCGAUUAAAGAAAUAAUCAGAAUAUUAACGAAAAUAUGUAUAUAUAUAUACAAAAUGCAUAUAUUUUUGCUUAGAUUUAUAUAGAUUUGCAAUCUUGUAUGAAAUAUUCGUUUGUAUUUAUAGAUUCAUUUGAAUGCGUGUAUUUGAGUUAAUUGUAUAUUCUCAAUUUUAAAUAUUUAACAAUGAAUUAACUUUCAAGCAUUCCUUUAAUUAUAAUUACAUAUAAGAUCAUUUAAAAACAUGCUAUUACUUUCUUAUUAUUAUUAUUUUUUAUUAAUAUGUUCCAUUUUAAUUAAUUUUUUUUCCAUAAUUCAAAAAAUUGUUUGUUACAUACAUAUAUAUAUUUUUUAUAUAAUCUAUGGAAUAUUCAAAAACAUUUAAUAAUAUUAUCUAUGAAAUAAUUUUUUUUUAUUUUGAUUGUAUUAUUUUACAUUAUUGUUAAAAAAUACGUAUAAAUAAAAAGUAUAAUUUGUACAAUUGCUAAUUUUCAUUUGGAAAAAAAAUAUAAAAUAAUAUAGGCAUCAUAUAGCUGAAAGGAUCAUUUAUCGAUUCUCGUGUUCUUACAUAUGUAGAAAUUUCAAAUUUGGAAGGGAAACCAGAAAACGGUGAUUUAGUACAUUUGUCACGCUAGCAAAGCAUUUCAUUUUUAUAUAAAUACUUUAUUACCCUUAUUAUGAUCGGCGAAGCGAAUGGCUAUGCGAGUCAAACGGACCAGGCGAAUCGAGUGACAUUUUAAAUUAUGAUCGGCGAAUGCUUCCAUUCGCCAGAUGCAAAAUGUUGCUACCGCAUCAGAAAACCUACCAAAAAUAAAGAGAUUAAUCUACACAUAUUUACAUUGUUAAAAGUGCUUUCGCAAAAACAAUUGAAUUUUCCUAUUUACCAAUGUCGGAGUUGUUGUCCAUUAAUUUAUUUAAAUGCUCGAAUUAUUUUUGUUUCGUUUUUUUUCACGC